CGCCGGUACGAACGUUCGACGUCGUCUCAGUGCGGACCGCAACCAGCCCGUCUCGGACGUGUCGUCUUGGAUUUUUUCGAAACGCCGCACGCGCGCUAUUAUUUGCACCGCCGAUACGACGUGUGACUGCUGUACAGUGACACCUUUAAACAAUUUUAUGCAACACGCGCAUAAUAUUAUAUUAUAAUACGCAUCGUACGUUUACGCGUGUUCACCUUAUAUUGUCGUAUCACGUUUCGCGAGAAUUACGGCACGCCAUGAAGAUCUGUAGUGGAAAAAUUAGACGUUUUUAAUUCGUCCGACCUUAAUUUCGUUCGCGUUUUUGUUCCUCACGUGUGUACAGCUGAUAACAUACAUUCAAUAUUUUAUUUUACGUCACAUGAGCACGCAUAUAUCGUCUUAUAUGUAGUAUAGAUCGUUUGGCAGUGCCGUUGUGAGUGUUUAUCCGUUGUCGAAUAAUAUAUUUUAAUAAAUUACGUAACGCGAUGCGCUGCCGCAGCUAACAAUUGACGCGCCCUCACGUACGCUGGAUUUUUCACACGCGCACAUCAUGCUGCCGUAUCAGGCGAUGGCCAUGGAUUACGCGUCCGCGUCAUUCCAGCGACAUCCGGCCGCGGCCAACGUGGGACACCAUCACCACGCGGCCGGCGGGCCCGGCAGUGGUGGCCCCGGGUCAGCCGCCGCCGCGUUCAGCCCGUCGUGGUUUGUACCGGCAGACUUAUGCAUGCCGUUCGCCAAACAGAAUCAGCCGCUCGUCGAACCGGGAAUACUCGAGUUGAGAAAAGAAAAAAGUCGAGACGCAGCUAGGUCGAGACGGGGCAAAGAGAACUACGAGUUUUACGAACUGGCCAAAAUGCUUCCAUUGCCUGCAGCAAUUACGUCGCAGUUGGAUAAAGCGUCCAUCAUACGGCUGACAAUAUCGUACCUAAAACUGAGAGAUUUCUCAGGCCAUGGUGACCCACCAUGGACUAGGGACGGUCCGCAGUCUGCAUCCAAAACCCUAAAAGGGACCUCAGCUCGAAAUAGAUCUCCUAGUACCAUAGCCUUGGAAUUGUUUGAACAACACCAAGGAACACAUAUACUUCAAUCGUUGGACGGUUUCGCGUUUGCAUUAGCUGCCGACGGACGAUUUCUUUACAUAUCAGAAACCGUGUCCAUCUACCUAGGUCUUUCUCAAGUAGAGAUGACCGGUAGUAGUGUGUUCGACUACAUUCAUCAAGCCGACCAUUCUGAGCUGGCUGAACAAUUAGGCCUAGGACUGACUCAAGGCCAGGGUAUGGCAUCGCCGUCACCCAGUAGUGCUGGUUCCGAAGAAGGAAGUUCCAAUGUGGGCACGGCAAAUCCUGACGUUUCGUCAGUGAUGUCUCUAUCCAGCACAAAUGCAUAUAAAGGCUUAGACAGAGCGUUUUGCAUUAGAAUGAAGUCUACACUGACUAAACGUGGUUGCCAUUUCAAAUCCUCCGGAUAUAGGGUGGUGCUGUUGAUUUGCAGACUGAGGCCACAGUACACGUUUUCGCACAAUCGAAAAUGUGCGCCACCGCUUUUGGGCGCAGUGUCCCUGGCUAUUGCUCUACCCCCACCAAGCGUGCAUGAAAUCCGACUGGAAACUGACAUGUUCGUCACAAGACUAUACUUCGACUUUCGAAUAGCUCAUUGCGAACCAAGGGUAGCGGAAAUACUAGAUUAUACGGCCGACGAACUGACUGGUAUGAACAUGUAUACCCUGUGUCACGGCGAAGACGUGGGGAAACUCCGAAAAUGUCACCUAGACUUGAUUAACAAAGGACAAAUGAUGACGCAUUACUAUAGGGUGAUGAAUAAAAAUGGUGGUUACACUUGGAUGCAGACGUGCGGUACGGUUGUCUGUAACUCGAAAAACGCCGAAGAACAGAACAUUAUUUGCGUCAACUACGUAGUCAGUGCCAGAGAAUUCGACAAUUUGAUAAUGGAUUGUUGCCAAAUGGAAGAGCAUAUUAGACAAAGGGUGGUGAAAAGAGAAGAAACAGGAGGAAACGACCCUGAGAACGGUUCACCCGAUGGCGGUGGCGGUGAUGGUCGAGGAGGAAAUCCUAGAAGAGAUCACUUAACACCCGCCGACCUGGACGACGGUCAUUCGGCCGACGGACAGGGUGAUCCGACCAGAGGCAGAAAUCAUGUGGACAUAACACAAUUGAACAACGCACCGUCCGAACGACUACAAUUGAACAACAACAACAACAACAGCAUAGGAAUACAAUCGAAGAAGUCAGGCAAUGACAAACGUAAAGCACAUAAAAGGAAAAUCGCUGACCGGGAAGAGGCAGCUGCGGCGGCGGCGGCGGCGGAUAGCUGCUGCAGUAGUUCGGAAGAGGACACUUUGGUGAGCCGGAAACAGCAUUUCACCAGCUUGAGCCCUGCCUCGUCGUCUUGUCAAUCCAUCACGAUGCCACCCAGUCCACCGAAAACGAACGGCAGCGGAAGUGAUAAGAGGCCGGCUGUGAGCGACCCGAACGCCGUGAAAGAGCUCGAGCACGCCAUGUCCAAACACCUACCGCCGACCACGGACAAGACGUCCGCGUCUUCGGCAACGGCAGUACACCAACCGACCGACUUCAGUACGGACGCGCUGCUUAAGCAACAGCAACAGAAGAGUACGAUCCAAUGGAUCGGAGCGCACCACCUGGGACAUCACCACCACCUUCAUCAGCAGCAGCAACACCAACAGCAACAGCUGAACGGUGGCCUGCACCUGCAGCAGCACCAGCAUCAGCAUCACCCUGCCGGGCCACCUCACCACCAUCACCUACAUCAUCACCAACAGCACCAGCACCAACAGCAACAGCACCAGCACCACCAUCACCACCAAGGUGCAUCGCCACACGGCCAACAGUCGACGGGCGGUGCACCAGGCACCACACUUCCCGCUUCAGCACUGCUCCGGCAAAUAUACGCCAACCGCGAGUCGGUGAUCCGCGCCAACGUGCACGCUCCCCGUUCACCCGGCGCCAGUGCUGUCUCGUAUUACGCUGGUGAAAUGAGCACGUUGCCGACGCCGCCGGGCAGUGAGGGUGGUUAUUCAGAACAGCAACAGUUCGGGUCGCAGAAAAACGAGUUCGGGAACAGCGGCGGCCUGGCCGUACCGCCACCGUACAGUUACGCCGAUUACCAUACGGCCAUGACGCCACCGUCGUCCGUGUCGCCACGUGAUAAACACCAGCACCAGCACCAGCAGCAACAACAACAGCACCAACAACAACACCAGUACGACUUGUACGGGCCACCGCCGACGUCCGCUGACGCGUUGCUGCAGAUACGGCAACAGCACCUGCACCAGCAGUACGGCCAUCACGCGGAGGUGACGUCAUCAGCCGCGCCCGCGCUGCCGCUGAAACCGCAGCCGUACAACCCUGCGCCCCCACCGCCGCCCACCGUGCCGCUCGACCACUACGAUCAGACGUCAGCGGCCGCGGCCGCGGCAGCCGCAGCGUUUUAUCAUUCGGCCGCCGGCUUUCAUCUCUACCAUCCGUCCAAGUCGAACAUGGCCACUGGCCCGCCGCUGCCACCUCCACCGCCGUCGUCCGUGUACGCUGCCGACUCGCUGAAGAACCACCACAACUGGUACUCCACACCCACUUAGUGUGCACUCGGUGUAGAUUUAUGAUUAUUUAUAUUGACAUUUCACGAUGAGUACAUAUUUUCACCCCUAUACAACAUUUUACCAGAUAAAAGCGUGUGGGGAGGAGUUGAUUUUUAAACGCGAAACGUACCUACUCAAUCUAUUUUCUCGGACAUGGUACUUCUGAAUGAUUAUCUAAACAAUAAUAACCUACUCAUCAUUGGAUACCAAAAUCUGUGAUUGCUAUAAGAUUAUACAAUAUUAUAGCUUUUAACUAAAUUCUGGUAGUUCGUGGUAGUUACUAUAAAUAUCGACAUAAUAUAUAUAUAUAUAUACAUAUAUAAUAAUAUGUAUCUAAAUUUAUUGCAGGUGCAUAUAUCUUAUGUUUCGCCAUUCUUUUUCUCGAUAUUUUGAUUAUUCCUUUUUUAAACGCAGAUAACGUUCGUUAUUCUAAAACCGAAAAAGUAUAAGGAUGAGUACAUUGGAAUGUUUUGGACACAAUAAUGAUAUUAGGAUCAUGGAUUAUACUUAUAGAAAUCUUAUAAUACACCGGUGCAGUUACAGGUUGGCGAAAAUAAUAUAUAAUUAACUUAAAAAAUACAUCAUAAGUACUAUAUUAUAGUACUAAUUGUAGAUAGUUAUAGGUCGAUGGAUAGUUAAAUACAACUAUGUGAUGUAUUUUAUAACGAUAUUAUUACAUCGAUAAAAUGUCCUCUUAUCAGGACAUGAUGUGUAUUGGAUUUCAACGAUGAGUUGUCUGUAGAUAUUCCACCAUCAUCACUGCACAUACUUACUUCCCUAACUCACUCGUAAAAACUUUGAAUGACACCUAACAAACUAAUAUGUAGAAGUAUAGUCUGUUUAGAUAACUAAAUAACUUGAGAAAACUUACCAAACAAUAUUAUUAUAGUCAAUAAAUAGUGUAAGUUUUAAGUAGGUACCUACCCAUUUAACAUAAUUAUUUAUGCACCAACGUAUGCGUUUUAUUUUGUUUUAUAUAUAACUGAUUAUGAUAGGUAUAGAUGACCGAGAAAAUACGGGUUUCGCAUAAAAAUAGCGCCUCUGUUGUGUUUGCGAUUGGUAAACUUAGCUUUUAAUUAUUAUAAUAUAUAUUUUGCUGCCGCUGUAUUUGUUUAAGACUGUAAUAUUGUCAUUAUUCUUAUUUAGAAUUAAUAAACAUAAUAAUAUUGUACAUUAUACCGAUUAUGUAAAAAACCCUACCUAAAAGGUUGUAUAAAAUGCGUAAUGUCUACUAUACAAACUACUAUGCACAUAUUAAUUAAUAUUAUGAACUAACUAUAUAUAUUAUAUUUUGUUAAGACUAUAUCCUUUUUUUUUCUAUACUCAUACAUGUUUUAACCAAAGAUUGUAUUUUAGUGUCGAAUUUUUAAAUUAUGUGCCAACUAAUUUUUUAAUAAAUCGAUGAUGUACCUACCACUACUGCAGGUAUGUAAAAUAAUAAUAAUAUAAAACUAUAAUAAUAUAUAGUUUCAAUAUUUAUUUGCAUUUAAAAAUUUGACA